ACGCAAAAACCACUAACUUUUUCUUAUAUAAAUUGGCUAUUGAGCCACAAACUUUAUGAAAACACUUUUCAUUUCAUUUAUCACAAUAAAAAACUUGUUGAAAGAACAAAGUCUAGUGAGAAAGAAAUUCAAAUUAAGAAGAAGAAAAAAGACAUUGAGGUUGAAGACAUGAGCGACCAAGGAUCUCCAUCUCCUAUCCAUGGUGACCUCUUAGAGGAGGUAUUCGCACGUGUGCCUUUGAUCGAUUUAGCUUGUGCUGCUCGUGCGUCCAAGUCAUGGGAAUUUGCUGUUUCCUCUUCUUUAGUCCAUAUUAACAAAGUUAAGCCUUGGCUUAUAAUUCAAACACAAAACACAAAAUCUCUAUCCAAGAAAAUUACAACCCAUGCCUAUGACCCGCGAUCAAGUUCGUGGAUUGAAAUAUGUCGAUCAUCUAAUCCAACUAAACAUAUCUCAUCUCUUCAAUCCUCGGGAUCCACCUUUGUUUACGAACUCUCCUUAGAAGGGUUAUUCUUUUCGGUGGACCCUCUUCAUCUUACUUGGCACUAUAUCCCCGCGCCAAGUACAUGGCGAGUGGAUCCUAUAGUUGCUCUCGUUGGGUCUUAUGUUAUUGUCGCAGGUGGUGCCUCAGGCUACUGGGACGACCCUCUUACUGUCGAAAUGUAUGACUUGGAGACCUCUCAUUGGUCCACCUGUCAAUCCAUGCCUACCAUCCUAAAAGAUUCGGCGGCCUCCACGUGGCUUUCCCUAGCAUCCAAUCAACACAGUUUGUAUGUAACAGAAAAGGCAACUGGCAUUACAUACUCUUUUUGCCCGACAACUAAGACUUGGUUCGGGCCGUACGAUCUACGGCCCGACCCAAGUAUAUAUUUUUCAGCCAUCGGAUUUGCCGGUGACGAUUUAAUCCUUGCUGGAUUAAUUGGACAUGCUGAAAACGUUAAAACCCUUAAACUCUGGGAAAUUAACCUCGAAACGAUGGAAUUUAAUGAGAUUGGAGAAAUCCCAUAUGAGUUAUUGGAGAAAUUGAAGGGGGAAAAUUCCUAUUAUUUAUCUUCAAUCACAUUAUUAACAACUAAAGAUUUUAUUUACUUGUACAACACUUCAGAUCCAGCAGAAAUUAUUUUCUGUGAAUUAGUUGGAAAAAAAUGCAAAUGGAGGAGUGUGAAGAAUUUGGUGCAGAAUGAUGACAGCAAAAUCGGAGAAAGAAUGGUGAUGAGCUGUGGUAGAGUUGGAAUUGAUAAUCUGCACAAGGCAAUGCAUUGUAAAGAUAUCAAAUUUGUGCCAAAAUCCUAUGUAUGAUAUUCAACUAUAUGCUGUAGAUGCAAUACAUCUUUUUUUGUAUUUCAAAAUAUACCAAUUGCACAUUUUAGUAA